AUGUCUGAUUCAAUAGAUCGAGUUUUUGUGAAAGCGAUCACAACAAUUAGAGCAUUAUCAUCACGUUCUAAUUAUGGAACUUUACCUAGACCACCAGCAGAAAGCCGUAUAAAAUUAUAUGGAUUGUAUAAACAGGCUACAGAAGGAGAUGUUGAAGGGAUUAUGGCCAGACCAAUAGGUUUCACAUUAGAAGAUGAAGGUGCCAAAAAGAAAUGGGAUGCAUGGAAAAGAGAACAAGGAUUAACCAAAACAGAAGCUAAAAGGCGCUAUAUCUCAUAUUUGAUUGAUACUAUGAAAGUUUAUGCUAGUGGAACAUUGGAAGCAAGAGAAUUGUUAAGUGAAUUAGAAUAUCUUUGGGAUCAAAUCAAAGAUUUAGACUUCAGUGAUGAAGAUUUAGAUCAUGAACCCCAUAUUUUUAUACCCCCACAUUCUCCUUCAUUACAAUCAGAUAGAUAUUCUACAGCCACUCCAUUACCUUUACCUUCCACCUACUCAAAUAGUGGUAAAAACAAUUUACAAAAAAUUUAUAGUCAUUCCAGAAGAUCAACUAUGCUUUCAAUUAAUGAUUAUAUUCAACAGCAACAACAUCAACAACAACAAAAUCCUCAAAAUAUGGCUAGAUCUCAAUAUUCCCAAACGGGACCUAAGAAUGAUAAGUUAUCUAAUUCGAUGCAAUCAUUACCAUCUAAUAUUCAUGGAUUGACUCCCAAUACAUUUGAAGACUUUAGAACAUGGCAAGGAGAGAUUAAUCUUAUUAUAAAUAAAUUAACCAGAGAUUUUUCAAAUAAAAGACGUUCAUCCGGUAGUGAUUCUGAUGAUGAUUAUAGUUUGAAUCCUGAUGCCAAAUUAAAGAAAAGACUAUUAAUCUUGGUUAAGUUUUUAGGGAAGAAUAUUUUCAGGAUAUUUAAGAGUUUUUCUAUCUCAGUAUUAGCAAUAUUAUUCCUUGUAUGGUGUGUUAAGAAGAAUGUUAUAGUUCAAAGGACAAUAGUUAGAAAACCUAUUGCUAAUUCCAAUAAGAAUACUGAAGAAUUGGUCAUAAACAUGAUAUUGAAUACUAAUGAUAAUAAAUGGUUUAUAAGGUUAUUGAAUGUGGUAAAUAGUUUUGUAGGUUUUGUCUGA